GUCUUGACUAACUGGUAGUGUGUGCCUAGCCUUAUUGUUAUUCACGCUCAGCCUAUGGUUCAAGUUGGACUCUUCCUCUGCAAAGAUAACAAUAAUGAUAGCUUACAACAAUGUUCAGCUCAUGUUUUUAAUUAUAAUCUGGACGGAAUACUGUGGAGUAUUGAAAGUGCAGUACUGUUCUUCUUUUUCUUCCAUAGAAACGUCGAUCCCAAUCCCUGAUGUAACAAUGGGAGGAGAUAGAAUUGAUAUUGAAGAAUCAACAGAAACAGACGACUGCACCGAAUCUAAUCCAAAAGAUUUGAAAAAGUGUAGCUCGAAAUAUUGCAAGAAAGAAGCAAGCAGUAUUCUGUAUAAGAUGAAUUUUAUGGCGGACAAAUGCCAGGAUUUCUAUGAUUAUGCAUGUGGCAAUAUGAGGGCAAUGGAACAUGGAGAUGAACUCGCAUUCGUUUGGGAUACUAUUAAAAGAGAAAUUGGCAAAAUUGAUGAUUCAAGACCGCAAAUUGAAAUGGACUUGAAAAGUUUCUUCAAAAGUUGUAUGGAUCAAGCUAAGACAGACAAUAAACUGAAAAAAUAUGCAGGUAGAAAACUUAUUACCUCCAUUGGUAGGAUAAGUAAUGAUUUCCACGUUGUUGAAAAUCUCACGGAUGUUAUAAUCUUCUUGAUUCAAAUGAAUAGUUUACCGCUUUUUGACGUUUCUCUGGAAAUUGACAAAGGCAAUCCAAGUCGCCUUGCAUUAACUCUGAGCCCGCCACUGCAAGACGGUAUCUCAUUGUUUGAUGUCUAUAAUGAGAAAGAAAGAAGAUGCAUUGAAGAGAGCACACCAUCUAAUAUUAGAAAUUCUCAAUCAAUCAAUUUGAAAGACUCCUAUCACAAUUAUAAUGAAUGUAAGAAAAAUCAUACUUCUUAUAUAAGCGCCAUUCAUGAAGCCAUGGAAGAAUUUGAGCUGAUUGACAAUUCGACAGAUGUGGAAAGUAUUAUUGAAGAUAUCGAGAACAUAAUCACUGAAAUAUUCGAGAGUGCCCCAGACUUCAUGACACUGGAAAAAGAUAAAACUUCCUUCAAUAAUGAAGUGUUGACUGUUGGAGCGCUCAAAGAUAUAUUCAAAGGAUCGGUUGAUUGGGUAGAGCUGUUCAAUGCGCUUGUGAAUUCAACAAUUGAUUCCAAUACAGAGAUACAUGUCUACGGCAAGAAAUAUUUCGAGAAAAUCGGAGGAACAAUAAUGAUAGAAAGUGAACUCUGGAAGAUUAAAAAUUUCUUGCUGGCCAAUUUCGCUCACAACAUCUUCGAGUACUUUUACAAAGUGAAAAACGAUUGUAAUCGGGAAGAGUACUGUUUGCAAUUGUCCUCACGACUUCUGCCUGAUGUAGUGUCGAAUCUUUACGUGACAUCUCUUGAUAAAAUGGACUUGCAGAAAGCGCGUAAAUCGGCAAUGGACUCAUUUCACCUAAUUAAAGAGAAUAUGCUAAGAGAAUUGAACAAUAAAUCCAAUGCGAUACUUGUUGAUGAGGAAUCUCGUCAUAAUUUGGUGCGGAAAGUUGAAUCUUUCACUGUUUCACUACCGUCACAAUUGGAAACUGCAAGUGAUGAUGUACUGCACAAGAUACACCCAGCUUACUUAAUGACAGAUUUCACAGAAUAUGCUUACUUGGAUCAUGCAGUCAUGCUUGUCGCAAGAUAUCAACUACUAAAAUUUUCAACUUAUAAUAUGCGACCUGAUUCGCAACAAGUCAUGUAAGUUACUUUCGUAUUACAUACAAAAAUAUAGAUGAAAUACUGUAGUUAUAAAUUUCUCGUAAAUACUGAGUAUAUUAUUUUAAUAAUAAUUUGUUAAGUUACAUACUAAAAUAUUACUACAAAUGGCAUAGUUCUAAUUUUCCCUUUAUAAUGAUAAUAAUUGUAUAACUAUUUUUAAUUUUAACUUUUCUAUAGUUCUUUAUUAUUUUACAGGAUGCCAGUUUGAUGUCGAGCAAAAGUUCACGGCGCAAGUUGAGUGCAGAGGAAUGCUGAAAGGCAAAGCGAGCGACACUUAUAGUUUCAAUUUGAUAACGGCUAAUUCGUUCGGCUUUGAAACAUCUUAUACAGAGGAUGGCAUAACUUACACAUUUACACCACAAGGAAGUCUGUCGAUAAUGGAAAGAACGACGGAUGUCAGUGCAACUUUCCUAGCUCUGGAGUCUCUCAAGAAUUUGAAUGCAACUGAACAUACAACUCUCCUAUGGGGUGAUAUGACUUAUCAGCAGGUCUUCUUCGUAGCUGUUGCUCAGACAUUUUGCUCCAAGAUGUCCUUCUUCGAUUCGUUUCCCAGUUUAUAUGAAAAGAAAUAUUUGUCGUCAAGCUAUGAUGGAGUUCUUCCGCCUAGUCUCAGAGUGAUGCAAAUGAUGAGCCAUUCAACAGAAUUCGUCAGCUCAUUUCAAUGCAAACCGGGGAGCACAAUGGAUGCUUCAAUCAAAUUGGAUCCAUUCCCGUUCAGAACUUACGAGAUUGAUUAUUAAAUUCAGGCCAAAGUAGAAUUGAAUACAAUUCAACCGCAAGUUACAGUAAAUAUAAUUUGAAUCUUCAAUACUAUCUAAUAAUGUGAAGGAUGAUGCUAACCCUUCAAUACUAAAUACAUAGUAUUAAUACUAAAUUCAAGUUCAAGUCUUCUUACAAUAACGAGAUAGAUAUUCAACAUGCAAAAGAUGCGAAAUAGAGCUGGUAAAUUGUUCGCAUUAGCAAAUUAGUUUUAGGUGCAUUGUUCAAGCACACCUUGAUAUAGUGUUUUCCAAAAUGCAAUAAACAAAGAAAAACGAACCAAAAAGUUUCUAACAAAACUAUAAAUCGUUGAGGAAGCUCUUCUCCAAAGUCUCAUAGACUUUCAACGGUUUUCCAAAUC